AUGUCAUCUCCCAGGGACCCUGUGCUCACCCGCGAACAGGGCUGGCCAGUGGCUCCCAAGCAAAUGCCUUCCGUGCCCAGGCUGCACCCCGGGCAGGCCCAGCCUCUCCCCUCACCCCCCGCGCCAGCAGUGCAGGUCCCACUUGGCCAGAGCCUUGACCUGGUCCUCUUGCUGACCAUCAGGGCAAUCCAUCCCAAGUCAGGUUUUGCAACACCCCAGAGUGUUGCCAGUUAUCCCCAAGGGGUGUCAGAAGAGUCUCAAAGAGUUACCUCUAAAACAAAUCCCAGCCAUUCAGCAAGGUUUGGGGUUUUUUGUUUUUUGUUUUCAGGACAUCUGAGUUGGUUGGGGGGAAAGGAGAGGGGUGCCAGGAAGUCAAGUCGCUUCAAAGGCUGCCGUGGCUUUAGGGGUGACCUUGUUAAUCUAAGGAAGUGUGUUCCAAUGUUUACGUUUCAAGAAAGACAAGAUUUCCCAAACCACAUGCGUGUGCCUGCCUUUGGGGAAUGA